CGUCACGUGCACUACGGACCGACCUCCGGAGCAAGAGCAAGUAGAAAAGAGCAAGGAGACGGCUGGAACGCUGCUGAAUUAGCAGCAUGGGCUGUUGCUCAAAUCGUUCUCCCACGGCCAAGCGGUUGUGGGCAGUUGGUGGAGCAGUCGGAACGUGUGUGUUUGCGAUCGGGUUCGGUUUCCUGUGGCCCGCAUUGAUAUGGAGCAUCGCGAAGCAAGAGUUUGUGCUGGAACCGGGCACCGAGGUGUACAAGAACUGGAUCGAUCCACCGAUCGAAACGGAGCUGCAAAUUUACCUGUGGAACUGGACGAAUGCGCAGGACUACCGGCAGGGAGACAAUUAUAAGCCUCACCUGGAGCAGCUGGGACCGUACACGUUCGUCGAGGUGCACGAGCGCGCCAACCUGGAGUGGAACGACAACGAUACGCUAACCUUCCAGCAGCGACGCAUCUGGUAUCCCGUGCCGGAGAAAACGGUUGGGAACUAUGAAACUGAUCGCGUUGUGACGAUCAAUCCGGUGCUAGUGACUGUCGGUUAUGCGCUACGCGAUGAUCCACUGCUGCCGUUCGUGGAUGGAGUGAUCAUGCUGAACAACAUCAUCACCAGCCCCUUCUACGAUGUGCCCGUCCGGGAGAUGAUCUUCGAUGGGUACGAUGAUCCACUGCUCCGUGCGCUGCUGUCACUGAUUGACCAAAUUCCGGAAGACCAACGGCCACCGAUCAAGCUGCCACCGUACGAUAGGUUUGGCUGGUUUUUCGGCCGGAAUGAAAGUGAAACGUACGACGGUACCUUCCAGGUAGGCACCGGAGCGGAUCACGUGCAGAACACUGGAGUGAUGCGGCUCUGGAACGGGGCAAAUCGGACCGACUACUAUCGUGAUACCUGCGGCACGAUCCGAGGGACAACCGGUGAGGUGUGGCCACCGUUUGGCCGAUUACGGGGCACCCCACCGAACGUGACCGUAUUCGCGCCGGAUGUGUGCAGUUCGGUGACACUGCAGUACCUGGACGAGGUGGAACGGUAUGGGAUUGCGGGGUUGCGCUGGAUCGGGAACGAUCGCAUGUUCGACAAUGGGGUACACUACGAGGAAACCGCUUGCCAGUGUACCGCACCCGAGGACGAGUGUCCCGUGCUCGACAACGGGGCAAUGGAUGUGUCGGAGUGUAAGUUCGGUGCGCCGGCCACCAUCUCGUUCCCGCACUUCUAUCUAGCGAACGAUAGUUACCACGCGGAUAUUACCGGAAUGCAACCCGAUCCGAACGAGCAUCGGUUCGAGAUGGAACUAGAACCAUACACGGGCGUUCCCCUGAGCGUGAAGGCACAGCUGCAGGUCAACCUCCAUAUGCGGAACUACGGAUUAACAUUGCUACAAGGCAUCCCACCGGUCAUGUUGCCCGUGCUUUGGUUCCGCCAAACGGCUGCCCUUACGGACGAGCUAGCCGAUGACAUCAAGAUCAUUCUCAUCCUGCCGGACAUCGGCGUGUACGUCGCGUACGGAAUCGGUGCUAUCGGUAUUGUCGGGCUGGUACUCGCAAUCUAUUUCUCCGUCACACGCUGGAAGUUGGUAGGACCGGAGGAGCUGCCCCCGAAAGUGCUCAGCCAGUAAUGCCCAAUGAGCGAUACCUGGUGACCUAGGUUAUACAGCGAAGGCCCCAUCGGAUGGCCUGCUCAAUGAAACUUCAAUGCCAGCACGUGGGUUAGAGUACGUAACGUAUACGAAUCGAAUACAAUGUUAUCGAAGCUCGUU